CCAAGCACCAAGGUGCUGGAAACAUCUGGACUGAUUUGGUUGCUUUCUUUGUCCCUCAUACGGUUACGUUAACAUCAGUCAAAGCAUCAGAAGGAAGAAAAUGAGCAGUUUUCUUUUAUCCUAGAGGACAAGAAGAAGCCAGUCAGCACUUUUUGAAAUCUGUGCUUUUUUAGUUUUUUGCUUUAUUUUAAGGGUUCAAGUGCCAAGGUGCUUGAACCUUCUUGAUCUCUUACAUUGUCUGCAGUGCUGUGUCUCUUCUAAUCAGUCAUAGCAGAAUGGACUACAUUUGAGGGGAAAAAGAAGGGAUUUUUUUUUUUAUUCAGGAGGACGAGAACAAGUCAGUGUCAGAAUCUAGUGCUUGUUGAACUGUGUAAUUUGUAGGGGUCCAAGCACAAAAAGACGACCAGAACUGGGGGAAAAAAGGGAGGUUUUAUCCUUAAUGACAAGCUGUCACUUCGGACCAAGGGGGAUAUAAACUGCAGGAUAUGGAGAGAUUUUAUUCUGUUUCUCUCUCUCUCUCUCAGCCUCUCUGUAAUCCAGCUCUGUUAGAAUAAAGCCGGGAAGUCUCUCUAUUUGGGCAGCUUACUCUGAAAGAAAGGGACCCAGAUUUGAGAACCCUAUUGGAUUUUAUUUAUUUAUUUUUUUUGUACAGCCGCUCUGAUAUUGUGUGUGAGUACGAAAGAAGACAGACGCACACACAUAGAGUCAGCCUGCUUCAGGCUCUGGGGCGGAGAUUCCACCAGUCAGUCGGUGCAUAGAGGGAGGAAAGCCGGUUUGUCUCCCUCUUACCGUUCUCCUGUGAGGGAGCACAGAGAGAGAGCGAAUGAAGGGGCACUCAAGGGAGGGAGGAGUGACGACGCAUUCCCAGCCCAGCAGGAACUUGCUCAAACAGAGGCACUCUCAUUCUGAAGGGAUCUAUCCGCCUUGCAUAUUCUCUUGUUUGUGACUUUGUUUUGCGACGGGACGGUAUCUGGGUUUGGCCGGGGGCGAGGCUGCGCUCCCUGUGCCUGAGCAGGAUGCACCUGGUGCUGGACACCCGUCCACGGGCCGUGCUCACCAUGCUGCCAUACUUUGUGGAGAAUGCCGUGCUCACACAGAAUGAGAUCUACCGCAUUCUGAGUGAGAGCUUUCUCAUGGUGAAGGGGGCGGCGUUGUUCCUACAGCAGGGCAGCAGUGCGCAGGGUCAGAAGCCACACCCCCAUCACAAACAUGCAGGAGAUUUACCUCAGCACUUGCAGGUAAUGAUCAACAUUCUUCGCUCUGAGGACCGAAUCAAAUUGGCAGUGCGGUUGGAGAGUGCUUGGUCAGACCGAGUACGGUACAUGGUGGUUGUUUACACCAGCGGCAGACAAGACACAGAGGAGAACAUUUUGCUGGGGAUGGACUUUAGCAACAAAGACAGUAAGAGCUGCUCUGUAGGGAUGGUACUGCCUCUCUGGAGCGACACGAAGAUUCAUUUGGAUGGAGACGGGGGUUUCAGCGUGAACACAGCAGGUCGCACACACAUCUUUAAACCUGUGUCUGUACAGGCCAUGUGGUCGGCGCUGCAGGUGCUGCACAAGGCAUGUGAGGUUUCACGCAGGUAUAACUAUUUCCCUGGUGGCAUGUCUCUGACCUGGACGGGCUACUAUGAGAGCUGCAUCUCCUCAGAGCAGAGCUGCAUCAACGAGUGGAACGCCAUGCAGGACCUCGAAACGAUGCGACCAGACUCACCCACCGUGUUCAAUGACAAGCCCACAGAAAGAGAGCGAACUGAAUGCCUCAUCAAAACCAAACUCCGAAGUAUCAUGAUGUUCCAGGACCUGGAGAACGUGACGUCCAAAGAGAUCCGUAAUGAGUUAGAGCAGCACAUGAACUGCAACCUGAAAGAGUACAAAGAGUUCAUUGACAAUGAGAUGCUGCUGAUUUUGGGGCAGAUGGACAAAGCCACGCUUAUAUUCGACCACCUCUACCUGGGCUCUGAAUGGAACGCUUCCAAUCUAGAAGAGCUGCAGGAGACCGGGGUGGGCUACAUCCUAAAUGUUACACGAGAAAUCGACAACUUUUUCCCUGGGACAUUUUGCUACCACAAUGUCCGAGUGUAUGACGAUGAAACCACGGACCUGUUGGCCCACUGGAACGACACGUAUAACUUCAUUGUCAAAGCAAAGAAGAACCAGUCCAAAUGUCUGGUCCACUGUAAGAUGGGCGUGAGCCGUUCAGCGUCCACAGUCAUUGCCUAUGCUAUGAAAGAGUAUGGCUGGUCUCUUGAGAAGGCCUACAACUUUGUCAAACAGAAACGCAGCAUCACGCGGCCCAACGACAACUUCAUGCGACAGCUGGCUGAAUAUGAGGGCAUUCUGGAUGCCAGCAAGCAGCGGCACAACCGCCUGUGGCGCCCAGACGCAGAGUGUGACCACCCAGAUUGCCAGCAGGCUGCUGCAUCCUGCUGCAGUGACCCUGAGGGCAUGACCCCCGGCACCACCCCAUGUUGUGAGGCUGCGGCCCGCUCUUCCCCACUCGCCCUAGAGCUGGACCCUGCUAACCCCCAAAACUACAACUAUUACUUCCGACGGCUGUCUGACUCCGCACUGGACAGUGAUCCCUCCACUCCGGUCCGUGCUCCUCCACUUCUGGACGUGGACCGUGUCUUCAUCGAAAUUGAGGAUGUUGAGCGGGACGCCCUCCUGGAUGAUGAGACAUUCGAAGGACGGGACAGCCUCCCCCUGCCUCGCUUCGCUGUACCUGGGGAGGGCACAGCGGCCCAGACCUGCUCGCGGGGAGCAGAGCCCCUGGAGGAACUUCGGCUGCGUCUGGAGUUCAGCACGGUGGAGGAGGAGGAUGAAGAGGAGGCGCAGAAAGAGCAGGAGGAGAUGGAGGCGUUGGCCGAGGGGGGGAGGAGAGGUGGAGUAGGAGCAAAAGAAAAGGAGGAAGAGUGUGAGGAGAGCGGAAUUGAUUUGGGAACCAUGAACCACCUCUGCAAUGAAAACUCCAACAACAACAAUCACCUCGGAACACAGAACAGUCUUGCUGAAAGCAUCCUUAAGAAGCAGGUGGACAAACCCAGCUCCCUCCCCACUCCUAAGCCCAGCCAGAGCACUCUUUCUGAUUCUAGUGGACAAGUCCUUGCUCCUUCACCCCUCCGUAAUGUGCCCAGCAUCUCUGUUGAGGUGCCAGCCUGUGCCAACGUGCCAGUCAUACCUGUAGUGCCCAGUCUGCUGCAGGCUUGCGGCCCUUGCUGUGACUGUGCUAAGUGCAGCAAGGCAGCCUCCAAUCCGUGCCUUGAUUCGGCCAUUCUGGUCAUUCAAGAGAGCCAAUCACAAAAGCUCCACCAGGGGGGAGAGGACAGAGCAUUGCGGCAGGCCGCCGAGGGGAAUGAAGGUUUAAAAGUGAGAGACAGGGCUGGGGAGAGGUCCACAGGCAUAGCCAGAGAUGGGGACUCAACCCUGGUGUCAGAGAGGGUGACAGUACCCAGCCACCCACCGCAUCAGGAAGCUCUAGCGCACCUCCAGAGGUCCGGCCUGGUCCGCCGGCGAGCUGAGCGCUUGGAGAAACUCUCUGGUCUGUUUCAGGACCGCUCAAGAGAUCACCCUUUGAAGAGACCAGAUCAUCCUUACGCAGAACCUUUUGGGGCACAAGUGGAUUUAUCCACAGAUGGCACAGCUGUUCCACUCACGAACGAGGCCUUGUUAGCUGCCCUGGGAUCAGGGGGCUUGACACCGGUGUCUUCGCCGCAUGGCUCCACGCUUACACGCAGUUCCAGCAGCGACAGCAUCCGGAGCGUGCGGGGAAAGCCGGGCCUAGUGCGUCAGCGGGCACAGGAGAUUGAGGCUCGCAUACGGCUGGCUGGCCUCACCGUACCCUCACGCCUCAAGCGCUCUAACUCACUGGCCAAGCUGGGCAGCCUCACUUUCUCUUCAGAGGAUUUAUGCUCUUCAGCAUGCUCCUCAGAUGCCGGGACCCUGCUGCUCCUCUCACUGUCACCAGAGCCAGGGCACGCCAUGAGCCCGGACUGGCUCUUCAGUCCAGGAGGGACAGGGCUGGCUGAGCCCAGGAGCUGACUACAAGGCUUAAGGAUCCCAGUGAGAUGAUGUCUGGGCAGAGUUUUGCAGCACAAGGAUUUCCUUUAUGGAACCUUUUCCUCUGAAAUGGCAAAGCCCUUAGAGGGAACAUGUUCUCACUGCUGUGGGAGGAGGACGGUACUGUACAUGAACUGAAAAUACAAAAAGACAGAUGUUUAAAAAAAGCUAUGAAUAUGCUAUUUAAAGAAAAAAAGAAAUAGCCAAAUACUUCGAGAGCGCUCUCUUGGUUGCAAGCAGUGGUUCCUCUGGUCCUGGAGGACCCCUGUGCUGCAUAUUUUGGAGAAUUCUCUGCUGUAAUACUCCAUAUUCAACUUAUCCACCAGUUACCAAACUCUGGCGUCCUGAGCUGGCGAAGGAGGAAAAUUCUGAAAUACGCAGAGCAGAGAUACUCCGAGACCAGCAUUGGGAACCACUGGUUCAAAGGCUUUUGUUGCAUGGAGCUGAAGCUGAAUGUGUGUGACAAAAAAAAUAUGUAGAGCACUCGCUGCUCUUUGGCCAAACCCCUGCGGAGAUCAUUGCUUUGGCUCAACCGUGCUCCCCUUCCUACUGAUACUGACCUGCCAUGUCUGAGGCAGAACCAAGCAGCCAUAUUUCCCAAGGCCACUGCCCAAUGAGGCAGGAGAGAUUGUUACUUGUUUUUUCCAUUCAUCCACCCAUCUAUGUCCUGUCUAAGUGUGGAUCACAUAUUCCUGCUGACUUUGAACAACAACUUUGAAUCACACUCCUUCCGGACAGCCAAAGGAAAGGGACGUCCGGAUCAUCCAGUCGCUCUUUCUGUGCUGUGAGGCUUCUAGAAUGUUGGGGAGGGAAAAAUAGACAAUUUUAUUUCAGUCUCUGUGCUGUUCUCUCAGUCUGCGCGGUACAUCCGCAGAAGUCGCUGGAGAUGCUUGGCUGUAUUUUGCUCUGGUCUGCAACCCAUAGUCCAUUUAGUACUGAAUUUUAACACUGCACGCACGAUAAUGGUUAGGCUUUAUUGGAAUAUUAUAUCAAAAACACUAGGGUGGGUAAGUGUGUCUGUGUGUGAAGAUUUACAACCUUCCUCAAGAUGUUUUGGAGAGCCGUUGAUUGACUUGGACCCUUUGUUUCGGUUCCUCAUGGUGCUCUUAUUUGUUUCAAUGUGAAAAACCCAUUGCUGGGGAUGUGUUUCCCAAAACACGAAACAUAGCACAAAGAUCUUUAUUAGCUAACAGUACAUUUCACUUCACAACUAAUGACAAGAAGUAAGGUCGUCUGAACACUAUACUUUGCGGCCCUGGCAAGCUCCACUGAAGCUCAUUAUUUGGCAACUGUUCUUAGAGAUUACAGCCAUAGAAAGCCAUACCCCAGUUAGCCAUUAAUUUCAAGGCUGGUUCUCGAAUGUGAUGGAUGACUGGUUCCGUUGUCUCAUUUGAUAUUUUUGCAUUGGUGUAAUUGGAAAGAGUUGAAGGAGAACCAAAUUUCUUCCGUUGACCAGGAACCUUAGUUGGUUUGUAGGUUAGUUCCCAUAUUGAAUCCCAUGAUAAAGAUGAUUCAAAUCUUGGAAUAAAGAGAGUGAUUGAAUCUCGAAAGAGCUACUCCAAGGAAGAUUUAGACUUUUUUUUUUUUUUCCAAGCGAAAGCUGAAAAGUCUGGUGCCCAAACACAGCAAAGUUUGUGACCUUGGUAGUGUCCCUCCGUUUCACCUUUCUAGUCCCUUUCAUGACUCGUGCUUGUCAAGUGGUUUAAAAUAAAUUUAGUGCUGGAGUUUGGAGGCUAAAAUCGCCAAAUAACAACAAAUCUUUGCAAAUAUGUCCCCAACAUUUUGCUCAACUCACUCCAACUGCAUGAAGGUCUUCAUUAAGUUAGGACGGGCUGAACUAUAAAAAAAUGAACAAAACUUCACCAUGUAGCUGAACAUGUGCAUUUUAAACAACGGAUGUUGACUACCCUUCACGUGCAAGCAUGUCACGCAAGCAUGUGGACUUAGAUUAUGUUGUAUCUGUUGAUAAACAUAUUUUUUAAUCUUUAAAAUGAUAAACGGUGAUUUGUAAAAAGAAAAACAAAAAUGCAUGAUUUCCAUGCGCAUAAAGGGAAAUCAGAAUUCUUUAAAAUGGCUGUGUUCAGUUACAUGAUAAAGUUUUAUUCCGUUUUAUAGUUCACAGUAAGGCACAGUGUCCUAAAACACAGACAAGUCUGCAAAACCUUACUGACCUCUUGUAUGCAGUUUGAAUCUGUUGGGAUGUUGCGGAUGUGUUGUUGAGCUGAUAAGGUGACUAUUGACUUCUAAAGUUUUAGCCUCUUAGCUGUAGCGCUAAAGUAAAGAAGCACAAUUUGAACACAAAACAUCUCGACUGCUCCUCCACAUCUGGGAUAAGUGGAAAAUUGUGCAGAUUUUUUUUGCCAAGCCAUUCCUUUUAACAGUAGUGGUCUAAGACAAGAUUCUGUCUUACAUUCCAUUCACCCAGGAAUUAAUUUGGAAGUUGUUGAUGUUGGUCAAGAACACACGACCUGGAUCUAUCAUGUGCUUGCGUGGGUAUGUGUGUAUAUCCUGAGGGUCCCAACUUUGUAGUUUAAGAGAUAACAAGAUCUGCUGCUUAUCAACCCCUCUACAUACAUACAUUCAUACACGUAUUCUCUCGCUCCCAGUACCAUAUGCAUUACCAAUCUAUAUUGUGCUGGUUCUUUCAUGUGAAUUCAGCAGGCUUGUUCCCUUUAUUUCCAGAUCAGUCGGCCAAUCGCGACUCGCGUCAAAUUACUUGAGGUUGAUUUUUAUUAUGCAACACGUUUUGACUUUUACAUACUUUUUUUAAACUCUUAUUUUGUACAUUCAACUAUGCUGUUACUGUGUCAGCGUGCGCUUCUGAAAUGUGAACCGUGUGUGCGUAUCUUGUAUAUAAGUGUGCAUAUGAGCGUGAGCGGCAUCUGUGCGAUUACUGUGAAAUAUUUAUGAGAAAUUGAGGAAAAAAGUCCUUCAGAGUGUGUGAGUGCGCUAGUAUUUAGCGAUGAGGUCAUGAGCAGGCUCAUAGAACACAAACAUCCUUCACUGUAAUGCACACGCAUGGCAAUGCACUGUACAUAAAGAAUAGAGAUAUAUGUAUACAGUCCUCUUUAAAACUAACUUGUCUUUAAUAUAUGAGUAUGUUUUCUUUGUAGAGUUGUAUUAACGCAGUGUAGACUAAGCAGGUAUACUGUAGAUUAUCAUACAUGUAAAUAUGCAAAAAAUGUACUGUAUAGGCUCCCAAGUAGCGCAGCCAUCUAAGCAUUGGUCCUGUUAUCAGGAGAUCAUGAGUUUAAUCCCUGGUGAUGCCACAGCCAUCUGUAGUCAGGAAUUGAAGAGAGCCUAACUUCUCGCUUUCUCUGGGUAGCUAGACUGAAACUCUCUCUCUCCUCAUCACUCAGUGCGAUGUUAGCAAUGCAAGCGUCUGCUAGCUGAUGUAAUUCAUAGUUAGCGCUCUCCUCAGUCCAAUGAUGUUGCAUUAGCAGUAUUUUGAAAAGAUGCAGCAGCACUUCUUGUGUCUCUGAGAAGGUAUGUGCUAGCCUUCACCCCACCAGCUUGGUAGUACCAUGUGAGGAGGAGAUCUAGCUAGCUGGUGGAACUGGCCACAAGUAAACUGAGUAGAAAAUUCAGGUUAAAAAAAGACUAUAUAAUGCAGUGGAGCAGUUUUUAGUUAUUCUCAGAAAUAUUUGUGGGAUGAUUAUCAGUUUUCUAGAAGUCAGUUAGUCUUGAAAGUUAAAAAAAAAUAGUAAAUUAGGAUUUUUAAUAUGCAAAGAAGCUUUUCUCCCACAUUAUAUGUUGUCAUGUUAAAGAAGUGUGAUAUGCCUCUAUAAUCCACUUUAGGGCAGUGUAGUGCCGUUCUAACCUGUUUAGUCCAAAGACAGAAGCAUAGAAAGACUACUGGAGCUGUCUAAAGGCUACCACACACUGUAUCUGGUGCUUGGUAGCAGAUAAUACAAAGCACAACUUCGGCACAUUGCAAGCACCGAAAAAAAGAAGCUCAAGCUCACUUUACACUCAUAGAUUUAACGUAAUAAAACUUGCAACGUUCUUUACAGAAUUGAUAACGUUUGAUAUCUGCCAACUAACUUUUCAUAAACUGAGUUUUCAAGCUAAAAUUUAUGGAGUGGCCAUAAAUUUUAUUGCAUUUGUGAGUUUUAAGGCAAACGUCUUGAAUACUUCCUCGUAAAUUUCAACUACAUGUCACCUACAUUGGAUUUGUUUAUUGGCUUUAAUAUACACCAGUCUAAUGUGAUUGAAUUGCUUUUAGCUGGAAUGUUUAUACAUGAUAUUAAUGUCCUCAAAUUAAAUGUGUCUAGUCUAAUUUAAUAGGUUAAAUGAUUACAAACUGACAAAGAAAACAUGCUCAUUUAUUAAAAGCUAAACUUUUGAUGAGUGUAGAUCCCCAAAAAACAAAAACAAAAAAAAAACAGGAGGCGUUUAGAUUCCCUCAGCGCUCAGCUGAAUUGGUUCACCUCUUGACUUGAAUUAACUCCUCUUCACGUUUGCUGAUGUGUCCAUACAUAUCACGGGCUCUGUGGCCAAAAGAAGCGCUAUUGUACGCUUGUACAGUGAUCUAAUGGAAUCUUCCUACUGGUCCCUAAAAACAUUAAGGAGCAGUGUUGUACAUUUGCUUUGGGGCAGCAGUCCGCACACUGUUUUUGGGCAGAUAACGACAGAUUAUCACCAGAAUUCUGGUUGACGUUACAAAGCUAAUUCUGUUUCCAGACGGCAUCUAAGAAAUCUGUUAUUGGAUGGAAUUUCUUUUCCUUGCUCAGGAUGUGGAACUGUGUUUUGGGCAUUGCAUGUUUUUGGUGACCCCACCCAACCACCCCCAUCCUAAAAGUGCACUGACUUCUAAUGUAAUCAAGUUUGUCACAGCUGAUCGAUGAGUUUUCCUGUUUACAGUUUUUUGCAUGCUAUAGGAUCACAGAUGACUUGACAAAAGCUGUCAUAAAUGCUUCCAGUAAGAAUGAAUGAGUUCUGACUAAAGAGAAGAUUAAGCCCUUACUUGCUUUCCGUAGACCAGUGGUUCUCAAAGCACUCCUAGGGACCCCCGGACAGUACACAUUUUUGCUCUAUGCCUACAUGCUGCAAGUGAGGUUGAAGGAAAAAUCUGGAACAUCUCUGGGGUCCCUGAGGUCCAUUUUCAGAGCCACUGCCAUAGAACCCUCUGCAAUUCAGGUUCAUGACUAUGUUGAUUUGUCUUUCAGGGGUCCUUUAGGAGUUAUCAGAGAAGAGUUCUCUUUGUACACUCACCAGACACUUUAGUAGAAACCCUUAGCUUACAGGUUCAUCUAGCUGGUGUACACUUAAGGCGUUUAUCCACAGGGCAGUGCAAUGCGGUACGAUACAGUCGCUGAUCCAUACUGUCCGUACCCUGAUCAGAUACUUGUGUUUAUUUCCUUUCGUACAAGAGAACCUUGAAAGUAGGCGAGAUACUUAAGAGGUUGUGUCUGGAGUCACUUGGUUUCUCACAUGACGCUAGUGAGAACAGUGAACACAAACAAUAGCAUCAACGGACCUUCAAGUUCCAUUGAAAGAUUUACUUUUUACACUGCAAUUGUUUUCAAGAGUACAGUGACGGACAGCAAUCCUGGCUAGUUCAUAUUUUUAGAAAUAAUAGUCGUCUCAGUUGCCCUCCUGUGAUGACACGUAACAAUUCUGUGAUGAUUGCGUUUGACCAAUCGAACGGUCUGCACUAUUUAUAGCUCCACAAGUUCUGGCUUGUUACCCUGCUUUAUACCAAGAAGGGUAAGUACUGGUACUCAGGUACAGUAUGGGUCACUGGACAGUGGACAACAAAGCCUGUCAUCACAAAUUGUAACGUACAGAUUACAAAUUGUAACGUACAAUUGUAAGGCAGAUGUUUCUAACAAAGUGGAUGUUGAGUCUAGAUCUGGAACGUUCUAGUCAAGAGUCAAGUCUGACUCUGAGGCUGUUGUCGCUGUAUGUAAGUUUUCAGUAUGUAGCUGAAUAUCCUGGUGCAAGCCUGGGCCAUUGCCUCCUGGACAGUUCUGCUGCCCCCUAGUGCUCAAGUGUUUGUGUGUUAAUGUGCUUGCCAAUCCACUGAGCUUCAGUUCACACCAAGAGGAUUUUCAAGUGUUGUGUCCCUGAACUCCCUCCUUCCCUCUGACCGGACCUUUGCCGUCUUGCCUGUGAUACCACGUCAAGGUCCAUAGGUCACACAGAGAGAGGGAGUAGCUGGUCCAGGUCGACUGUGUUUCGUGUCACAUUAUCUGUGUAAAAGUGCCUUACCCAAAGACACUAGAGGCAGUUUCCUACACAUCUUCCCUCCGAUCAUGUUGCCAAGCAGGCCAAGAGAGAGAGAGAUGAUGGUUAGACAGGCAGUUUCGUUAUAUAAAGCUGGCGGAUCAUUUUAUGUCUCGGCUGCCCCAGUUCGAUAUCGCUGUGCUCUUAAAUUCAACUUAGUUUUUUAUACCUCUUAGAUUAGCUCGAAGGAGAAUCUGAGUGUUUGCGAGGAGGGGAGGGACCAGUAUGCUUCAAAUGGACAUUUUAGAGUUGCCAAGUUUUUGUGCUGUCUUCUUCAUUCCAAAAAAAAAAAGAAAGAAAGAAAAGAGGCUUUUUAAGUAGAGUGUGGCUCGGCCAUGACCAAAGUCAUACAUUUAAGAAAAACGUUAAAACACCACAGUAUAGAAUUAGUUUCCUGAGUAACCACUGUCGCUCCCACGUUCUUUAGCUGAUGCCACUUUUAUUGCACCUUUAGGAAGGAUGGUUACAGUGACCAAGAGAGAGGUCUUCACAUUAUUAAUCUGACACCAGGCCACAGCAGGCCUGGGCCUAAAUCAGUGACCGAUAAAGCAGCCAUAUUAGCAGAGGUCAUAACGUGGCAAAGUUGACUCAGAUGAGCAGUUCUCUCGAUUCACCUCUCUCUUCCUCUCUGUCACCACUGUUACCAUGUUCUGUUUUUGUUUGUUUUAUAUUUAAGUAUGCAGUAAUUUUGUCUUUUGUACUGCGAAGUUGCUGUAGUUUUCAAUGCAUAUUGCACUUUGUACAUUUUGUGGAAAUGAUGUACUGUGUGUAUAUUAUGGGAAUAAACUUUUUUUUCAUUCA